CAUGGAGGAACUAGCCCGAGAGAGCAUCAACCUGCUGGCCCGCUCUGCAUCGCAUGCGGACCCCCCUCGACUUGGUUCAUUCGGUGCUGUGUUCAUCAUGCUGAAGUCUGCGCUGGGAGCCGGACUGCUCAACUUCCCCUGGGCUUUCCAGAAGGCAGGGGGAGUCAAUACUGCACUCAGUGUGGAGCUGGUUUCACUGGUCUUCCUCAUCAGUGGUCUGAUCAUCCUCGGCUAUGCCUCCUCGGUCAGCAAACAGAAUACGUACCAGGACGUUGUGAGGGAGGUGUGUGGAGGAGCAGUGGGGCAACUCUGUGAAAUCUGCUUCUGCUUCAACCUCUUCAUGAUAUGUGUGGCCUUCCUGGUGGUGGUGCAGGACCAGCUGGAGAAAUUGAGUGUUUCUUUAUACGAGACGGUGACUGGGUCAACUGAGGGCGAGAUGCCAUACGAAUGGUACACCGACCAACGUUUUUACCUCUUCAUCAUGUGCGUCCUCAUCAUCCUACCCUUGUCUAUCCCAAAAGAAAUUGGCAUCCAGAAAUACACAAGUGUGUUGGGGACUCUGGCGGCAACAUAUCUGUGUGUGGCAGUGAUCGUCAAAUAUUACCUGAUGGAGAGCCACACUGUUAUAAUAACUCCAGAGCACAGCGAAGGUGUGAGCUCAUGGGCUUCAAUGUUCAGUGUCGUGCCGACCAUCUGCUUCGGCUUCCAGUGCCAUGAAGCCUGUAUUGCCAUCUACAGCAGCAUGGAGAACAAGAAGCUCUUAAACUGGGUCAUCAUCUCAGUGGUCUCCAUGUUUUUCUGUUUACUCAUUUACACUCUCACUGGUGUGUACGGCUUCAUGACAUUUGGACGGGCGGUUGCCUCCGAUAUUUUGAUGUCAUAUCCUGGAAAUGACGUGUCCAUGAUCAUAUCCAGGCUUCUUUUUGGAAUAUCAAUCAUCACCAUCUAUCCUAUUAUUCUUCUCCUGGGGAGAUCUGUCAUCCUGAACCUGGUGAUCCGUAUUCAAAGACGUCGUUGGGGAGUCGUCACUCAUUCGUUUGAGACUCGCUGCAGAGUGGUUCUCACUGUGAUCUGGAUCACCAUCACUCUACUCAUCGCCAUGUUUGUCCCCGACAUGGGGGAGGUCAUCAGUGUCAUCGGGGGAAUCAGCGCCUUCUUCAUCUUCAUCUUUCCUGGUCUGUGCUUAGUGUUCACAAUGCAAAGUGAACCUGUGAGUCCAAGAGUCAGGGUGAUUUUAACAGCUUGGGGAGUCAUCACCAUCGUUGUUGGAGCUUUCAUCUUCGGACAGAGCACGACCAUCGCUAUAAUGGAGCUUUACCAAAAAUUCUGA